GGGGCGCGAGGGGCGGGGCGGGAGGCGACGGCGAUGGGGCGCUCGGAGGAGAGCUAACGGAAGUAGGGAAUAGAACUCGUCAAAAUGAGCAGGAAGCCCCCGAAUCGCCCUGGGAUCACAUUUGAGAUCGGUGCUCGUUUGGAAGCAUUGGAUUACCUCCAGAAAUGGUAUCCCUCGCGCAUUGAGAAGAUCGACUAUGAAGAGGGGAAGAUGCUCGUCCACUUCGAACGCUGGAGCCACCGCUACGACGAGUGGAUUUACUGGGACAGCAAUCGUCUGAGACCCCUCGAGAGGCCUUCGCUGAGGAAAGAGGCCAUCAAAGACGAGGACGAAUUUGUUGAUUUCAAACCUGGGGAAGAAGUUCUAGCUCGGUGGACAGAUUGUCGAUACUACCCUGCAAAGAUUGAAGCCAUUAACAAAGAAGGAACUUUCACUGUUCAGUUUUACGACGGAGUGAUUCGGUGUCUGAAAAGGAUGCACGUCAAAUCUAUGCCAGAAGAUGCCAAAGGGCAGGCGCGCGAGUGGGAGCAGAUAGAGCCGGAGCUGAGAUUAGUGACGGAUAACGAGCGGCAUGAAGUGAGUUUUGAGCGAUGUGAAGGAGAGGGAGGGCUGUUGGCAUGCAGGAGGCAAAGCAGAGGAGAGACCGUAGAAAUCCCGUCGGGGUCAGGAACGUCAGAAGAGGACUGGAUAGCUUUGGUUAAAGCGGCAGCGGUGGCGGCAGCCAAAAACAAAGCUGGAGCGAAGCCGCGGACCAGCGCAAACAGCAAUAAAGACAAAGAGGAAAGGAAAUGGUUCAAAGUCCAUUCGAAGAAGGAGGAGUCGUCGUCGACCUCGACGAUCGUCCAGGAAGUUCAGAAGAAGGAAGAGCAGCCUACAUCCAGUGAGACUUUUGGAUUCCCGCUAGUGGACGUCCCAAAGAUUGCCUUUGUGCAGGCCGAGAACGCGUUGGCACACAAGAGGAAAAAUAACCUCGGCAACUCGUUUCAGGCAAAGAGGGCGCGUCUCAAUAAGAUCACCGGCUUGCUGGCAUCCAAAGCUGUCGGCGCUGACGGUGCUGAAAAAAAGGAAGGCAGCAAAGAAGCAGCUCCAGUCUUGGAGCAGGAGAUAUCACCUAAGCCUCAAAGUCAGAAAAAAAAUGAAGCUGGUAUUAGCAGUUCUGCCAACAUUCAGAAACCCGCACUGUUGCCCUCAACAUGGUCUACAGGGAAGGCUCGCAGCAAGAAAUGCAAACAAGAGUCUGGAGAUUCAGCAGGGUGUAUAAAGCCCCCUAAGUCACCAAUUUCCCCAGACUUAAUACACGUGGAAGAUUUCACCCUGGCUUCCCAGCUUCCUCCUUCCGUGAUAAAUAAAACUAUUGCCAGUGUGGCUAAUGUCUCACUUGAGAAGCGUGGACUGUGCCUCCCUCUUGACUUGAGCCGCAACUUGGAUGUUCCGAUAUUGGUAGCCGCGGAGUCGGCUUUCUGUAAUGAACACCCCAGUAAAGAGAAGGAAGACAAUCAGAUGGUGUUGUGUCACCCUUCCAGAGCUGGAACUGACGGCAGAAUAGCUCCUGUGGCAUCAGGUAAAAAGAAGGAGAAGGAGAAAGAAAGGAAAGAGAAGAAGGAAAAGGAUCACAAGUUGAAGCAGAAGAAGAAGAAGAAGAAAAAGAAGAAAUCCAAACUGCUCGACUAUUCCGAUUUUGAAGACAGCUCUCUCGAGUACCUGGACAGAUGCUCCUCUCCACUCACCAGGUCCUCCGGGAGCUCUUUAACCCUGCGAAGCACAGCGAUGGAGAAGAAUACAUCCUACCAGUACCCGAGGGCUAUUCUGUCUGUCGACCUUAGUGGUGAAAACCUCUCCGACAUGGAGUUCUUGGACGACUCUUCUACCGAGAGUUUGCUGCUGAGCGGGGACGAGUACAACCAGGACUUCGAUUCCACCAAUUUUGAAGAAUCUCAGGAUGAAGAGGACACCCUCAACGAAAUUGUCCGGUGCGUCUGUGAAAUGGAUGAAGAAAACGGCUUCAUGAUUCAGUGUGAAGAGUGCUUAUGUUGGCAGCACAGUGUAUGUAUGGGGUUGCUGGAAGACAGCAUUCCAGAGCAGUACGUCUGUUACGUUUGCAGGGACCCGCCUGGUCAGAGAUGGAGUGCCAAGUAUUUCUACGAUAAAGACUGGUUGAACAAUGGCCACCUGUGCGGCCUUUCAUUUUUGAAAGAGAACUAUUCUCACUUAAACGCCAAAAAGAUAGUGUCAACACACCACCUCCUGGCCGAUGUCUACGGUGUUACAGAAAUUCUUCGAGGAUUGCAGCUGAAGAUUGGGAUUCUCACGAAUAAACAUCACCCCGACCUUCAUCUGUGGGCGUGCACGGGUGUGCGAAAAGAGCAAGACCAAAAAACUGUCGGGACGGAAAGAAGAGUAUCGGCCGUGCCAGAUACCCUUCCUGAAAGGACAGGUCGUGGUCAAAACCAUAAGGAGCCCCCUAGUUUGCCCCCCAGAAUGGAGGAGACGUACAUCACGAGCGAGCACAGUUACCAGAAACCGCAGAGUUUUGUCCAGGACUGCAAAUUGAUGAACAAUCCCAUCAGCUCAGACGACGACGACACCAGCAGCUUUGAGGACGAUCAGGAGCUUCUCCUGGAGGAUAGAAACUGUUUACAAUAUGCGUCGAAAGAAGAUGGUUUCAGCCAUCAGAGGCACAUGGCCGAAGGGAACACUGUGUUCAUAUUUAACGAGAAAAGAGGAGCAGAAGAACACGUGGACGCUCGUCUUCAGUGGCAGCUGAAUCUCCUCACCCAUAUAGAGAACGUGCAGAAUGAAGUCACUAACAGGAUGGACCUGAUCGAAAAGGAAGUAGACGUCCUGGAAAGCUGGCUGGACUUCACCGGAGAAUUGGAGCCGCCGGAUCCCCUGGCCCGAUUGCCCCAGCUCAAACGGCGGAUCAAGCAGCUGAUAUCCGACAUGGGCAAGGUCCAGCAAAUAGCGACCCUGUGCUCCGUAUGACGAAUGGAAAACUGGUGGGAUGUUUUAAAAACAGAAACAAACAAAAUUAUAGGCGCUCACAGGGAAUUUUCUCACAGUCUGCAAAACUGUUAGGAGGAGUGAUUAAAAAGCAAAUACGCCGUUCUUUUUUCUUGGAAGAUCUUGAGACGAGGAAAAUUGCACAUAAAAUCAAGGGUCAAGAUACGAUCUGGGCAAAUGCAGAGAAUCCGUUUCUCAUCUGGAAGCACUUUGGGAGUUGAAACCCCUGUGAAAAAUGUUUAAUGGUUUCACAGGUAAUAGCGGGACUCCUCCCCCCACUCCACGAUGUCACACUGGAAAAGUUUGACCUAUUAAAGCCGGCUACGUUGGAAGACGUCCAUUCACAGAGUUUUAUUCCAGUGCUGAUCAGAGAACAGACAUUCGUAGCCUGCAGCGUCUUGGAAGGAUGGAAAAUCAAAAUACACUUUUUUUUUCUCUUUUUUUGGCCUGGAUAUUAUUCAGGAAGAUGGAGGGGGGAAGUUUGCAACGAGUGAGACUGUUUAUGUGGUGGUCUCUUUAUGAACGUUACUUUCUUUUGAAGCAAAGUUCUCCCUGCCAUAAUCGUAUGCUCCUUUCAGAAGCAAAAGAGGGGAGGGUAAGGGGUCAGAAGUGCCAAAUAAAUGCUUUCAAAACCCACUGAAACAAGAGUGUGAAUUGUUCAGGGGUGUUCUCCUCUCCUCCUUUUACCCUGCCCCAGCCCCUGGCAGAGUUCUCUAGAGUGCCAGCAAAACCAUCUGGUGUCAUAUCUAGUGAAAAAUCCACAUUUGCCAUAAUUGCAGUAUUCCAGGCCGAUAGUACAGUUCUAAAUCCGUUUGUCCCGCCGGCUCCGUUUCGCAUUAGCCAUUUCAACCGCCGUCUUCCUCAGCUGGAAUGAGGAACGACGCGCGUCGGUAAACGAAAAGGGGCUGCUUCCCACGCGCUUGGUUCUUUGCCUGGGAAAAAAAAAUUAAUAAAGAUUUUAAAAACCCGCAACACGUAUGCCAAGAUGGCUUAACGGUGCCUCCGUCUUCGUCCCAGUAAGUCUGGCCCCACGUUAUUCGAAACACCGGAGUGGCCCGCAAGUAGCGUUUGCUACAAAUCAAAAUUGCGUCUGUCAGCUGCCUUUUUAAGGGCCGAUGAGGCGAGGAUCCCGCUACGCGUUGGAGGCGUCGCCUUGCAAGAUGACAAGCAAGCGCUCUGAAACCAAAGCCAACCUACGUGCUGUUUUAAAACCGUUGCUGAGUUAAGAACUUCAGCGCCUUCGCUAUACGUACUGCUCAGCUGCGUCUGUUGCUGCACCCAGUGCUACAAUAUCCAUGUUGGGGGUUAUGUGUGUAUAUAUAUAUAUAUAUGUGCGUGCGUGUGUGUGUGUGUAUGUAUGUAUAUAUAUAAAUAUAGAAUAUAUAUAUGCUCAUAUGCAUAUUGCAUUCUAGAUACAUUUAUAUUGACAUGUCUAGUUUUAUUACCAUAGACUUAAGACCUCGGCGAUGCAAUAUUUAAAACGUCGCCUUUUAACGAACAGUUUCUAUUAAAGAGAAAAUGAAAAUAAUGUAUGUACAGGUUUUGAAAUUUGUCAAAAAAUAUUUUUUUUAAACAAACACUGUUCAAAAGAGCCCUCGCAGCUGAGAAUGGCUCUGCCCUUGAAUUCUCUCUGCCUCCUCGACUGUUUCAGUGCUGGUGAUGUAUAUGAAAUCACCAUGUACGGGAGAGCUGGUCCGUAAGCGGCAAACUUGAAGCUACCCCUGGGGUAAAAGAGUGCAAGCCCGCUGUACAUUACAGAGGUAUUUAAAUUUGCAGAUACACUGUUCUAUAUGUAAGGUACUGUAUGUAAAGCUGUUUAUUAAACUAUUCGGCAUA